AUGUCUGACAGUGAUGAUUUCUAUGAUGAUCCCUUCUACGACGCGAUUGCUUUGAUUGAAAGCCAGCCAACCGAGCGGCCAAGUCCCAAGCGAAAGCUCAAAGAGGUACUGCCGGAGCCUCUACGAUCAGCUGAAGCGCACGCUGAACCCAAUGCUCUCCUGGAAUCUCUCGGUCAAAACAAAAAGCAGAAGCCAAACCCGGACCACUUGAGAAAACGAGGGUUCAAAGGGAAUACAAACUAUGUCCAACUCUACAACAAGGCUGUCAAGGAGUUCUUUGACUAUUCAUCGCCGUCGUUUUUGUUUGACGGCAACGCCAAACCGUUGGCCCGAUCCCGUAUUUCGGUCGCGGGCGACUUGGACUACAUGGAAUUGCUGAAGAGAGACCGCAUGUCUCCUGAGGAGGGGAGUGAGGAUGAGGACGAGGAAGGCGACUCGGACGGCGGAGGUGCUGCAGGCACGGUGUGGACCGGUUCUGAAAAGGAAACAUUCUUCAACUGCUUAGGGAAGUACUCCAUUCACAGACUCGACCAAAUAAAGCUGCAGUUGCCCAAAAAAACAGACCUUGAGAUUCUCAACUACUACUACUUACUCAAAAACGAAAUGAAUUCCUUGAAGCACCGCUCUAAAACGUUCAGGAAGUUGGUGAAGAUCGAUGAGAUGCCCAUUGCGUACGAAAUGAGCAAUCAUUUCAUCGAUAUGGAGGAGAGCCAGGCAUACUUGAUGGAUAUUAUCGAAAGACAAAAAAAUAACGACGAUAUGCAGCGGACGAAGAGUGGGUUGUUGGCUUACAUCUACAAAGACCCGACAGCCGAAGGUGCCACCUUAGCCAAUGUGUAUACACAGCCCAUUGGGCCCGCAGACCUGGAUAUCGACAGUGAUGCAACGAUAGUCUCUGAUGAGGAGCCACAUAAACCCACGAACGAAAACCUUGACUCCUUGAUUAAUGUUGGUAUGGCCGUCCAGUUGUCGCAACUUUACUCCAGGAACACAAUCACUCCGAUAUCCAAGGCCACCCCCAAGAUGAACUUACCGGUUGUCCACAGCUUAGAAACCCUUUCAAUCCAUAUGACCAAAGCCCUCAUCCAUGCAAUCUGCGUGAACAAAAUUACUACCCAUUGGUUCAACCGACACAAAAAGCUUGUCCACCACGAGAAAGACCAAGACAGCGAAGAGUCCGAUAGUGAGGAAAGUGGUAGGAUCUCAAUGUAUGUCUCCCGAACCGAUGUGUUAUUGGCUUUAAAGCAAAUGAAAAAGCGAGGUUCGUGGCACGGAAAUGUUUCCAAGUCUGAGUAUUUCCGGCUCUUACCCCUGCGCUUAGGCUUGGUUUUGGUGGAUUACAAGGGCUCUGAGGUUCCGAUGGUGAAUCUCAACAAGUAUAUUGGAAAAGUUAAACGGGAUAGCUAUUUGAAUGAGGAUUCCUUGGGAGAAGCAAUAGCGAUGAGCCAGUUUGAAAAGGCUGAGGGCAUGGUUGUAGAAGAGAAGGAAGAGGAUGAAUUCUUUGAUGCCAGAGAAGAUAGUUUUGAUAGCAGUGAGGAUGAUGAUUUGAGCAAUCUCCAAUCUCAAAGCACAACCUUAAUUGGGUCAUUGCCCACCUCAUUCUCGCAGAUCAUCAAGCGCCCCUAUGAUUAUGACUCUGACGCUCUGGAUGAAGUCGAAUCUUUCAUCGUCGAUGAUACGGACAAGGUUAUUGACAACAAGAUCGCAGAGAAGCUAUUCGCCCAAGAAACAAUGACAUUGGAUGAAUCUGAUACUACCAGCUCUGUCAGGUAUGAGCAUUUAAUCCUCACCUAUUUGAGCUCUAUGAACCAACCUCGGUUGCACUCCCGAGAAUUGGCGGAGAAGUAUGUUGACUCUUACAAUUUCAACGUUAUCAAACAGGCAGAGAUCAUCAAAAACCAACCAAAGAAGAGAGGGAGAAAAAGCAAGCGAGAAAUAGAAGAAAUCCAACGGUUGGCAGAGGCUGCGGCUAACUCGUCUGGAGCUGCGUCUGAAGCUCUUGCGGAUUCACAGGACUUUUCGGAGAUUACCAGCGACAUGUUGUUGUUACACCAGUAUGAUUUUGCGUCUUACUAA